GGAAUCAGGGUCCUCUAGAAGGGCAAACCUUUCUUUAUCCUGAGCCAUCUUUCCAUCCCUUGUUUUGAGACAAGGUCUAAUCAGCAGGACGGGAAAACAGUCCCCAAGAAAAUGGGGCUUGAGGAGUUCUCUUUCUCUGGAAAAUGCCACUGAGGUAAAGUAGGAUCCUUGACUGUACCAUGGGGAGCAAUUUCAAGACAAAUCAGAGUAGAGCAAAGUUACCAAAAAGAUGGCUCUGGCUAACAGUACACUGUUCAUGCAGAGGACUGAGGAUGGCUCCAGCACUCCUUAGGCAGCUCACAGUCGCCUGUCACCGCAGGUCUAGGGAACACAUUCUCAACCUGUGGGCCACAGGUGUCAAAGUUCAGACAUCCUGUCUAUCAGGUGUUUACAUUACAAUUUGUAACUAGCAAAAACUACAGUAAUGAAGUAGCAACAAGAUGAUUUUAUAGUAAGGGGUUUACUACAACCUGAGGAAAGGUAUUAAAGGGUCACAGCAGAAGGAAGGUUGAGAACUGCUGUCCUCUGGCCUUGAGGGUACCUGCAUACACGUGUUGGUGUUGCAUAUACACUUUAUGCAGGGCAUACACACACACACACACACACACACACACACACACACACACAUAAAAUAAAUGUAUCUUUAAAAAAGAUCUGUACUGGGGUUGAGGAUUUAGCUCAGUGGUAGAGCGCUUGCCUAGCAAGCGCAAGGCCCUGGGUUCGGUCCUCAGCUCCGGAAAAAAAAAAGAUCUGUACUAUAAUACACGGUAGGAAGGUGUGGAAAUUGGGGUUUUGCUCGUUUGUUUUUAGUUUUUUGAAGGGCAGCUAGAAACCAAGGGUUUGCACAUGCUUGGGUAUCCUGCAAGAAGCUGUCUUACUCGGGGUUGGGGAUUUAGCUCAGUGGUAGAGCGCUUGCCUAGCAAGCACAAGGCCCUGGGUUCGGUCCCCAGCUCCAAAAAGAAAAAAAAAAAAAAGAAGCUGUUUUACUUGCCUGACUGUUACGAACAGGAUUUGCCUGAAAAGUAAAAACACACCAGUUGCCUGGGCACCUCCAUAGAUGGAUUUUUCCCUUCAGAAGAACCGUGCUUUAAACCUGCUUGAGAGUCUCUUUCUUUUUUUUUCAAGGGAAGUGUAGCCUUGGUUGUCCUAGAAUUCUCUCUGUAGACCAGGCUGGCCUCGAAUUCAGAGAUCUGCCUACCUCUGCUUCCUGAGUGCUGGAUUAAAAGCGUGCGUCGUCACCGCCCGGCAGAACACGCAAUCAUUGUUCCAAGGGAAAAAAAAAAUGCCUGGACCUCAUUCCUAUCACAGUCGACUUUGGUGGUUGCCUCUCUCGCUUUGACCUGGAAGGCUAACAGGAUUCAGUUGUUUAAGACAAACUUUGUUUUUUGAGUCUAUUUAUGACUGUUUAUUUUUAUUUUUUGCAGGUGUGGUGUUGUAUGCCUUAAAUCCCAGCACUCUGGAGAAAAAAGGGCAGACGGAUCUAAGUUCGAGACCAGCCUAGUUUACGUAAGCAGCUCCAGGACAGCCAGCUAGAAGACUCUGUCUCAAACAACAGAUUUCACUAUUGGGUAUGUCGGGAACAAAGGACAAGUUUAAGGAGUCAGUUUUCUUCUGGCACCUUUACAUGGGUUCUGGGCAUCAGACCCAGUUGUCACCCACGGAACCAUCUCGCUGGACCUUGUUCAGACAAUUGUUAAUGGCUGGACCACACCGGACAGUCCAGAUUCCAAUGUGUCUGUGUGCACCGCACCUGGCUACAGGGGCUGUCGAGGCAGUAAAUUCAAUCUCACAUUUAGGCAGUCAAGCUGAAAGCAGAAUGGAGCGGAGUGGAAACAAGAAAAGCAAGCAGCAGUCUUCUCCUGCACCGGUAUAGCAUCAGGAUAACCCCGCAGACCAGGAUGGUGGGGCCAACGCCUCUGGGUGUCCAGCCUCUUCCGUCCGCUUCUGCUCCAGGGCACAGCGCGUGGGGGCGGGGAGGAGAGGCGGAAGCCGACGGUGCCGGGCGCGCGCACGUGCGUGGUUACGUGCGUGCGUGGGCGCGGUCCUUAGCACGCCGUGCGCUAGGCGGAUGUCCGGGCCGGCUGGGCCCGGGCGGCGGACGAGAUGGCGGAAGGCCGGGGCACCCAUGAGCGACCGGAUGUGGAGACCCAGAAGACGGAGCUCGGAGCCUUGAUGGGGACCACGCUCCAGCGUGGGGCUCAGUGGUAUCUGAUCGACAGCCGGUGGUUCAAGCAGUGGAAGAAGUACGUCGGCUUUGACAGCUGGGACAUGUACAACGUGGGGGAGCACAAUCUCUUUCCUGGACCGAUUGACAACUCUGGGCUCUUCUCAGAUCCUGAGAGUCAGACCUUGAAGGAACACUUAAUCGAUGAGCUGGACUAUGUGUUGGUUCCAACUGAAGCCUGGAAUAAAUUGCUAAAUUGGUAUGGCUGUGUGGAAGGCCAGCAGCCUAUUGUCAGAAAAGUUGUGGAGCAUGGCCUGUUUGUCAAGCACUGCAAAGUGGAAGUGUAUUUGCUGGAGUUGAAGCUCUGUGAGAACAGUGACCCCACCAAUGUGCUAAGUUGCCAUUUUAGCAAAGCAGAUACCAUUGCAACUAUUGAGAAGGAGAUGAGGAAGCUCUUCAACAUCCCUGCAGAGCGUGAAACACGACUUUGGAACAAAUACAUGAGCAACACCUAUGAGCAGUUGAGCAAGCUAGACAACACUAUCCAGGAUGCUGGGCUGUACCAGGGUCAGGUGCUAGUAAUUGAGCCCCAAAAUGAAGACGGCACAUGGCCCAGGCAGACCCUGCAAUCAAAUGGAGCUGGCUUCUCUGCCUCGUAUAAUUGCCAGGAGCCCCCAUCACCUCAUAUCCAGCCUGGCCUCUGUGGACUCGGAAACCUGGGAAACACCUGUUUUAUGAAUUCUGCUUUGCAGUGCCUGAGCAACACUGGUCCACUGACUGAGUACUUUCUCAAAGAUGAGUAUGAGGCCGAGAUCAACAGAGACAACCCUCUGGGGAUGAAAGGGGAGAUUGCAGAGGCCUAUGCAGAGCUCAUCAAGCAGAUGUGGUCUGGAAGGGACACCCACGUAGCACCACGGAUGUUCAAAACGCAAGUGGGACGUUUCGCCCCUCAGUUUUCUGGCUACCAACAACAAGACUCUCAAGAGCUGUUAGCCUUUAUUCUAGAUGGAUUGCAUGAAGACCUGAACCGAGUAAAGAAGAAGCCUUACCUGGAGCCAAAGGAUGCCAAUGGGCGACCAGAUGCGGUGGUAGCAAAGGAAGCCUGGGAAAAUCACAGGCUGAGGAAUGACUCUGUGAUUGUGGAUACUUUCCAUGGCCUUUUCAAAUCUACUUUGGUUUGCCCAGAAUGUGCUAAAGUUUCUGUGACCUUUGACCCAUUUUGCUAUCUAACUCUCCCACUGCCUUUGAAGAAAGAUCGAAUUAUGGAGGUCUUCCUGGUUCCUGCUGACCCUCAUUGCAGACCUAUCCAGUACCGUGUGACUGUGCCAUUGAUGGGGGCCAUUUCUGACCUGUGUGAAGCACUCUCCAAGCUGUCUGGCAUUGCUGCAGAAAAUAUGGUGGUCACUGAUGUGUAUAAUCACCGCUUCCACAAAAUUUUCCAAAUGGAUGAAGGUUUAAGCCACAUCACGCCUCGAGAUGACAUUUUUGUGUAUGAGAUCUGCACCACUCCCAUGGAUGGCUCAGAAUAUAUCACUCUCCCAGUCUACUUCAGAGAAAAGAAGUCCAGGCCAUCGAGUACUUCCUCUGGGGCCGUGCUCUAUGGACAGCCACUUCUUGUUUCUGUCCCUAAGCACAGACUAACCCUCGAGUCCUUAUACCAGGCUGUUUGUGAACGUAUCAGCCGCUAUAUAAAGCAGCCUUUGCCUGAGGAGUUUCUCAGCUCUCCCUUAGAGCCUGGGGCCUGCAAUGGCUCUAGGGGUAGCUAUGAAGGAGAUGAAGAAGAAAUGGAUCAUCAAGAGGAAGGGAAAGAACAGCUUUCUGAAGUGGAAGAAAGUGGUGAGGACAGUCAGGGAGGGGACCCUACUGAGACCACCCAAAAGGCGAAAGGCCCGCCCCGCCACAAGAGGCUUUUCACCUUCAGCCUCGUGAACUCCUGUGGAACUGCUGAUAUCAACUCGCUGGCCACUGACGGAAAACUCCUCAAGCUCAACUCUCGAUCCACACUGGCCAUUGACUGGGACAGUGAGACCCGAAGCCUUUACUUUGAUGAGCAAGAAUCUGAGGCCUGUGAGAAGCACACGAGCAUGUCCCAGCCUCAGAAGAAGAAGAAGGCUGCAAUAGCCCUGCGGGAGUGCAUCGAGCUCUUUACUACCAUGGAGACCCUUGGGGAGCAUGACCCCUGGUACUGUCCCACCUGUAAGAAGCACCAACAGGCAACAAAAAAGUUUGAUUUGUGGUCUUUGCCCAAGAUCCUGGUGGUUCAUCUCAAACGUUUCUCCUAUAACAGAUACUGGCGGGAUAAACUGGACACAGUUGUGGAAUUCCCAGUAAGAGCUCUGAACAUGUCCGAGUUUGUGUGUGACCGGGCAGCAAGGCCUUAUGUCUAUGACCUGAUUGCUGUGUCCAAUCACUAUGGCGCUAUGGGGGUCGGUCACUAUACUGCAUAUGCGAAGAACAGACUGAAUGGGAAAUGGUAUUACUUUGAUGAUAGCAGCGUGUCCCUGGCCUCUGAGGAUCAGAUAGUGACGAAGGCCGCCUACGUGUUGUUUUACCAGCGUCGGGAUGAUGAGUGUCCCAGCACCUCCUCACCUGUCAGCUUCCCGGGUUCUGAUGGAGGGGCGAAGCUCAGCAGCUCACAGCAGGACUUGGGGGAAGAGGAGGCUUACACCAUGGACACCAACUGACUCUGUGACCUGCCACCCCACAGCACCAGUGUCCUCCCCAGAAUACCUUUGGCACUCUGAAGACCACUCGUAUCAAUCUAAACCAGAUGAAGAAAUUACCUUCUUUUAUGAGAAGAGGAAGGAAAAACAAACAAACAAACAAAAAAAAAAAAACAACCCUGCUUUCUCUGAAGGGUUCAGAGGCUGAAUUAUUUUUUUCUUUUAAACGGGUGGUGAGAUAAAAACCUGUGGAGCUGAAAUGUGGGGUGGAUUUGGUGCACAGUGGCGCAUGUCUCGCAGACUACAAAGACUGGAGAGGAACAUCCUGUGAGGAGUAGUGCAGCCAUGAAGACCCACCUGCAGGGCUGCUCUGAACUCCUGGGUUUGGGAUUCUGGUGCCCACACUGCUCACCCCAGUAGUCUGGCCACAGUAAACCAAGCCUCCAGUAAA